CUCAGCUCUGAACGGGCUUUGGAAAGCAGAGAAGAAAAUCCAGGCUGCUUUUGGGGGACAUUGGACAGCCGAAUAAAUGCAGUAUCUAAAUAUAAAGGAGGACUGCAAUGCCAUGGCUUUCUGUGCUAAAAUGCGGAGCUCCAAGAAGACCGAGGUGAACCUGGAGGCCCCUGAGCCAGGGGUAGAAGUGCUCUUCUAUCUGUCGGACAGGGAGCCCCUCCGGCUGGGUAGCGGGGAGUACACGGCGGAGGAGCUGUGCAUCAGGGCGGCGCAGGAGUGCUGUAUCUCUCCCCUGUGCCACAACCUCUUUGCCCUGUAUGAUGAGAUCACCAAGCUCUGGUAUGCUCCAAAUCGCAGCAUUACUGUCGACGACAAGACAUCACUCCGGCUCCACUACCGGAUGAGGUUCUAUUUUACCAACUGGCACGGGACUAAUGAUAAUGAGCAGUCGGUAUGGCGACAUUCUCCAAAGAAGCAGAAAAAUGGCUACGAGAAAAAAAAAGUUCCAGAUGCAACCCCUCUCCUUGACGCCAGCUCUCUGGAGUAUCUGUUUGCCCAGGGACAGUAUGAUUUGGUCAAAUGCCUGGCUCCCAUCCGAGACCCCAAGACUGAGCAGGAUGGGCACGACAUUGAGAACGAGUGCCUGGGCAUGGCCGUACUGGCCAUCUCACACUACGCCAUGAUCAAGAAGAUGCAGUUGCCAGAACUCCCCAAGGACAUCAGCUACAAGCGGUAUAUUCCAGAAACAUUGAAUAAGUCCAUCAGACAGAGGAACCUUCUUACCAGGAUGCGGAUAAAUAAUGUCUUCAAGGAUUUCCUAAAGGAAUUUAACAACAAGACCAUUUGUGACAGCAGCGUGUCCACGCAUGACCUGAAGGUGAAAUACCUGGCGACCUUGGAAACUUUGACAAAACAUUACGGUGCUGAAAUAUUUGAGACUUCCAUGUUACUGAUUUCAUCGGAAAAUGAGAUGAAUUGGCUUAAUCCGAAUGACAAUGGAAAUGUUCUCUACUAUGAAGUGAUGGUGACUGGAAAUCUUGGAAUCCAAUGGAGGCAGAAACCAAAUGUGGUUCCUGUUGAAAAGGAAAAAAAUAAAUUGAAACGGAAAAAACUGGAAAAUAAACACAAGAAGGACGAGGAGAAAAACAAAAUCCGAGAAGAGUGGAACAAUUUUUCGUACUUCCCUGAAAUCACUCACAUUGUAAUAAAGGAGUCUGUGGUCAGCAUUAACAAGCAGGACAACAAAAAGAUGGAACUGAAGCUCUCUUCCCACGAGGAGGCCUUGUCCUUUGUGUCCCUGGUAGACGGCUACUUUCGGCUCACAGCAGACGCCCAUCAUUACCUCUGCACCGAUGUGGCUCCUCCAUUGAUUGUCCACAACAUACAGAAUGGCUGUCACGGCCCAAUCUGCACAGAGUAUGCCAUCAAUAAACUGCGGCAAGAAGGAAGCGAGGAGGGCAUGUAUGUGCUGCGAUGGAGCUGCACGGACUUUGACAACAUCCUCAUGACCGUCACCUGCUUUGAAAAGCCUGAGAUGCUGGGUGGCCAGAAACAGUUCAAGAACUUUCAGAUCGAGGUGCAGAAGGGUCGCUACAGUCUGCACGGCUCGGACCGCGGCUUCCCCAGCCUGGGGGAGCUCAUGAGCCACCUCAAGAAGCAGAUCCUGCGCACGGACAACAUCAGCUUCGUGUUGAAGCGCUGCUGCCAGCCCAAGCCCCGAGAAAUCUCCAAUCUGCUGGUGGCUACGAAGAAAGCCCAGGAGUGGCAGCCGGUCUACCCCAUGAGUCAGCUGAGUUUCGAUCGGAUCCUCAAGAAAGACAUCAUGCAAGGAGAGCACCUUGGGAGAGGCACGCGGACACACAUCUACUCUGGGACCCUGGUGGAUUACAAGGAUGACGAAGGAACUUCUGAAGAGAAGAAAAUAAAAGUGAUCCUCAAAGUCUUGGACCCCAGCCACAGGGACAUUUCUCUGGCCUUCUUCGAGGCAGCCAGCAUGAUGAGACAGGUCUCCCACAAACACAUUGUGUACCUCUACGGUGUCUGUGUGCGAGACGUGGAGAAUAUCAUGGUGGAAGAGUUUGUGGAGGGCGGGCCUCUGGAUCUCUUCAUGCACAGGAAAAGCGACGUCCUCACCACUCCGUGGAAAUUCAAAGUUGCUAAACAGCUGGCCAGUGCCCUGAGUUACUUGGAGGAUAAAGACCUGGUCCACGGAAACGUGUGCACUAAAAACCUCCUCCUGGCCCGUGAAGGCAUCGACAGCGAGUGUGGCCCGUUCAUCAAGCUCAGUGACCCUGGCAUCCCCAUCACUGUGCUGUCCAGGCAAGAAUGCAUAGAACGAAUCCCAUGGAUUGCUCCCGAGUGUGUAGAAGAUUCCAAGAACCUGAGCGUGGCCGCUGACAAAUGGAGCUUUGGAACCACACUCUGGGAAAUCUGCUAUAAUGGCGAGAUCCCCCUGAAAGAUAAGACACUGAUUGAGAAAGAGAGAUUCUACGAAAGCCGGUGCAGACCAGUGACACCGUCUUGUAAGGAGCUGGCUGACCUUAUGACUCGCUGCAUGAACUACGACCCCAACCAGAGACCCUUUUUCCGAGCCAUCAUGAGAGACAUCAAUAAGCUGGAAGAGCAAAAUCCAGACAUCGUUUCAGAGAAAAAGCCAGCAACCGAAGUGGAUCCCACACAUUUUGAAAAGCGCUUCUUAAAGAGAAUCCGUGACUUGGGAGAGGGCCACUUUGGGAAGGUUGAGCUCUGCAGGUAUGACCCUGAAGGGGACAAUACAGGAGAGCAGGUGGCUGUCAAAUCCCUGAAGCCUGAGAGUGGAGGGAACCACAUAGCUGAUCUGAAGAAGGAAAUUGAAAUCUUAAGGAACCUCUAUCACGAGAACAUUGUCAAGUACAAAGGCAUCUGCACAGAGGAUGGAGGAAAUGGUAUUAAGCUCAUCAUGGAAUUUCUGCCUUCUGGAAGCCUUAAGGAAUAUCUUCCAAAGAAUAAGAACAAAAUUAACCUCAAACAGCAGUUAAAAUAUGCUGUUCAGAUUUGUAAGGGGAUGGACUAUUUGGGGUCACGACAGUAUGUUCACCGGGACUUAGCAGCAAGGAAUGUCCUUGUUGAAAGUGAGCACCAAGUGAAAAUUGGAGACUUUGGUUUAACUAAAGCAAUUGAAACCGAUAAGGAGUACUACACAGUCAAGGAUGACCGGGACAGCCCUGUGUUCUGGUACGCCCCAGAAUGUCUAAUUCAGUGUAAAUUUUAUAUUGCCUCUGACGUCUGGUCCUUCGGAGUGACUCUGCACGAGCUGCUUACUUACUGUGAUUCAGAUUCCAGUCCCAUGGCUUUGUUCCUGAAAAUGAUAGGCCCCACUCACGGCCAGAUGACAGUAACGAGACUUGUGAACACAUUGAAAGAAGGAAAACGUUUGCCUUGUCCUCCCAACUGUCCAGAUGAGGUUUAUCAACUUAUGAGAAAAUGCUGGGAAUUCCAACCAAAUAAUCGGACAACCUUCCAGAACCUUAUUGAAGGAUUUGAGGCACUUUUAAAAUAAGAAGCAUGAAUAGCAUUUAAAUCUCACUGUGUAUUAAGUCCUCUUCCCCAACAAAUACCCAAGCCAUUUAAAAAAAUUUUAAUGGAAAAACUUUGUAUUCUGUCUAAAAAGAUACUUGGGUACGUAAUUCACGUAUAAGGCACGCUGUGGUGCUUAAUAUGUGUAAGUACUUCCUUGUUAUUUGUCACUGUUAUUGGUGCCAAAUUUAAUGACAA